CGUUUCAAAAUCAGUCGAACGUCGUUCUUGCACACGAUAAGUCACGUGCUCUAAACUAGCUCCGGUAAACAACGGAAGAACAAACUAUUCGCAACGAAGAAGAAUUUGUUUUUUAAACAAAAAUUAUAAACAAAAAAAUAUUGAAAAAUAAAUUUAACAAAAUUUUUGAAAUAUCAUCAACAAAGUGAAGUGAAAGUUUGAAAGAAAAACAAUUUUUAGUUGAAAAAGUUUUUGAUAAAAAAAAGGAAAUUCUUAAAAAUGGAUCACAAUCUCAAUAUGCAUCAUAAUAAUGCCGCCUUGCAUUGGAGUUAUGGCGCCGCCGCAGUGCCAACUACGCCGCAAAAUCACUGGGUACCACCCCCACAGCAACAGUCCGGCUCACUUAAACGGGCCAUAUCGGAAAGUGAUUGUGAAGAUUUAUAUUCCGAGGAGUCGUCCAAGGAACAAAUUUCCCCCGCCGAUGGCAGCAGUUGCCAAAUGAUGAGCCGCAAAAAGCGUCGUGGUGUUAUUGAGAAAAAACGCCGCGAUCGUAUCAACUCUUCGCUAUGUGAACUCAAACGUUUGGUGCCCUCAGCCUAUGAGAAACAGGGCUCCUCUAAAUUGGAAAAGGCCGAAAUUUUACAGCUGACAGUGGAACAUUUGAAAAGUUUACAAGCCAAAGGAACCGAUGCCUUGGGCUAUGAUCCUCAAAGAUUUGCCAUGGACUAUCACAUUAUUGGCUUUCGUGAAUGUGCCGCCGAAGUGGCUCGUUAUUUGGUUACCAUCGAGGGUAUGGAUAUUCAGGAUCCCCUACGCCUGCGUUUGAUGUCCCACCUGCAAUAUUUUGUUCAGCAACGGGAAAUGUCGUUGAAAAAUUGCACCGCCACGCCGGGAGCCACACCAUGGACGGUACAUCCCAGUGCCGCAGCUGCCGCCGCUGCCUCGUCAUAUCAACCCAACUGUGGAGUGGCUCCAUAUCAGGCUUAUACCUCGGCCACAAGCAGUUCGUCUGCAACAGUUCACACCUCCAGUCAUAGUAAUUCCUCAUAUGUGCCCAAUUUACCCUCGGCCCUGCAUCAGUAUCCCAGCUUGAGUUCAUCACCCAACAAUGCCAUGCAUUCGCAACAACAACAGCAACAACACAAUGUACGUUCCAAUUCGGUGGGUUCCGCCCAAGAUGGCCAUGGUUUGAUAAAUCACACAUCAAGACAAGUGACCUCACCUCUGCAACAGCAACAACAGUCACAGAGCCAGCAACAAGCACAACAACAAUCGCAAACUCAACAGCAGCAACAACAACAAAGUGUGGCAGCACAUCCCCAAAUCACACCCACCUCACAUGAAACACAUCUCCAGCAAACACAACAAUCUCAACCCCAACAACAACAACAAACCACCGCUCAUCAUCACUACUCCCAUGAUCACAGUGCUGCCGCUCAUCAGGAUCAUCAAGGUGCCACAUAUAUUGAAUUAACAAAUGCCCAUGUCCAUCCAGGGCAUCGUCAGGUGCCCUCAGCCGUUCCGGCCUCAGCAUUGGGUUAUACCGCCAUGCCACCCCAAUAUCCGGUCAGUGUGGCCCAGGAAUAUAAUCAUCAGACUGGUGUUUAUGUCACAGCCAAUGGUUCAAAACCCUAUCGGCCAUGGGGUGCCGAAAUGGCUUACUAGGGAAAGAGAGUGUGAGAGAAAUGGAAUGACGUCAAAGGGAAUGGUCUAAAAAUUCCCGGAUUUGACAUAUCAUUGUCUGACAAAUCAAUCACUAUAAGAAGAAACAGCAUACAGGAAACCGAAAUACCGAGAGAAAAAAACUACAUUGGGAGGCCUAAGAGAGAAA